UGCACCUGCGCACACUGCGGCCAAUCUAUCCCAGGAAGGAACUGGACAAUCAUUAAGAUACUAUUCACGACGUCUUCUGCGGAUUAAACACGGGGGAAGUGAGGGAAAUUGUGCCAGGAAAUACAGCUUUGCAGUUUAAUUGUUUUAAAUGUAAUGUGUCACUGUUGAAUGUGCGCCGGUUCAACACAUCAUUCACCACCAUUGUACUGAGACCAAAAGAAGCCAACCACCAGCUGUUUGAACGUCUAAAUACCAUUAACGUCACAGGGCCUGCUCACCAUUCAUUUGCAUUAGUCUGGUGUAUCGGCUUCCCUGGAAUCGGGAGCUGGGGAGAGUGUUUACUGAUCACACUGAUGUAUUUGUCUACAAACUCCGUAAGACAGACAAUCAAUAUUCCAAUUACAGUGGAGUGGCGAAGAGAGCAACGUCGACCGGUGGAGCUCUGAUGGGAGGAAGCGCUGGCUCUGGCUGGGACUGGGGAUGCUGAACAGGGGGAGGGAGGGCCUGUUUGAGCUGGGACAGCAGCUCCAGCAGCAGGGGGAGUAUCAGGCCGCCCUCCACUGCUUCCUCAGCUGCCUGUUGGGACUGACCCAUGUGCAGAGCUUCACCUAUUUGCCCAACUGCCUACACCAGAUUGCAGAACUCUUCAUCACUGAAAAGAACUAUGAGAAGGCCCUCCAGUUCAUCCAGGCAGAGAAAAUGUUCUAUGAGGUGGCAUUGAUCGAGCUCACCACUCUUCAUGGGAGCACAGGGCCUCAGGAGGAGGCUACGCUGGGCUCUGAAGGAUGGACAACACCAGAGGAGCUUUCGGAGCAGGCCUCCCAGGCACAGCACCUCGAACGGCUGGCCCAGCUCUGCAUCAUGAGCAAACAACCGCAUCUCGCUCUAGAAUACAGCGGUAAGGCUGCAAAGAUCCACCAGAGGGCCUUUGGUAACGACCAUCCCGUCACAGCCAGAAGCCUGGAGCUUAUGGCUACCGUCUAUGCUGAGAUCGGCAAGACUGAAUAUUCAGACUCCCUGGGUCAGUGUGUGUCUGCACUGUCCAAACGCUUUGCUGCUGCAGAGUCCAUCAGAGACACGGUCAACUGUAUUCCUCAUUCCCACCGGGAGAAACACUCAGAGGUCCGCCACAGAAAGGACUCCCACCACCAAGAGGAGGAUGCACUGAAGCCUAAGGUAACCAAUGACAAAGUCCCCACCUCCAUUCUGAAGAGGCCAAGUUCCAACUACGGGCCAGACACAGAACCCAACCACAGACGGAAAGGUGAACGGAGGGUUCGUUUCAGGGAGCCAGAGACCACAGUACAUGCCUAUGAGACGACACCGUCCCGCCCCCACCUCGCCCUGUUCACCUGCCUCUUCCUGCUGAUGUCAUUCCUGGGUGUGGCCAUGUACUGCACAGACCGGCGGCACCCACAGCGAGUGUGUGAGGAGCUGGAGGACGCUCUGUCAGUCUACGUGCUGCAUAUGAAACGGCUUCUGUGGGGUUGCUGGAUAUGGCUGACAAUGCAGUGACUUAGACCGACCACAGGUGGAGACACGGAGCCGCCUCUAAUUUUUUCAGAUCCAUCUUUUUUUCCUGUCUCUGAACGAGCCUACAAGGGCUAACAAACACCUCAGCCUUUUGGCAAGGCUCUGUACACCGUCUGUGGUGUUGAACUACUCUCGCAUCGACAAAUGGAAAAAUGUUUAAUCCCAGAAAUAUGUAGCUUCCAUGUCUUUAUGUACAAAUGUGCUAAGGUGGUGGACACGCCACUCCCUAUUUAAGCCAUGAUUUUGCACAUCUGCAACUUUGACUCUCACAUAUACCGCUCAUUGAAUCACAACAACCAUUCGAUCUUUCAUGUCACUGUAUGUAAGUGACCGUUUCCAUGGAAUGCAAAUAUUUAUUAAGUUUCAAAACAUGAUUUGUCUCCAUCAGAUAUUACACAUAACUGAAUGUGUAUAUAUGGUUCACUAUAAUAAGGACUACUCAAUAUUUAGCCUUGUAAUUGCACAAAAAUGAAUGUAGAGAAGUUUGGAGACAGCUUUGAUUUGCACAGCGCACAUUCGAGGGGAGGUGGACGGAAGCACAAAUGUGUGAACUGUUGGAUAAUUAUCUGUGAGAUGGAAAACACAGGGCUGCAUCACUUCACAGCACCAGGUUGAAUGACUAACAGAUGAGAACACCUCUUUCUUUACAGACUGUCUGGUCUUCUGUACGACUGACUGUCUUAAGCUGAUUUCUAGCUCCACUGAGGAGAAAAUCUGCAGCACAAUGUUAUGAAUUUUCUCACCUUAUCUAACGUCAAAUAGAAUAUACUCAUAAUGAAUGAAUACUAAUGCUUUUGACAGUGUUCCUCUUUAUAACGGCUUGAAUCCAACAAAAUGUCCUUGAUCCUAAAUGUUAUUUAUUCUUCUAUACUGUAUUUCUGCAUCACAAAAUAUCCAACUUUCCAUUACUUUAACGUUUUUAACUUUUUGUUACCGGUACAUUUCUAUUUAAAAACAGUAAUAUUCAGGUUUAAUCGUGAUGUCAAAUGCUCAUCAAGCUUUGGACAAAAAAAACAUUUUUAUCAAGUCCAUUGCCAUUAAUAUGAGGCCAAACACAAAUAUGACAGAAUCCGAUUCUGUUUGUUAUUGUAUGAGUCCCUUUAUCAAAUGAAGCAAAAAAAAAAAGUUCAACCACACAAAUUGAUUAAAGGAACCAAUGGGCACAGAGAUGCAAAUCCCAAAUACCUCUCAUUAUGAGCAAUAACACACAUCACAUGGUUUCCAGUAAAACAUUGUUCUUUAUAUAACAGGUUUCAGGGAACUCAGAAGGAAAGCACUGGAUUGAAGGUUUUGCAUUUGAAUGUCAAAGCAAUAUAAGGCUAAUAGCGCCUGUAUAGAAGAAAGAAACACUCUCUGCUCUGUACUGUCAAACUAUAUUGUCAUUAGCAAUAAAACAAUACCCAGUGAACCCAUGUCCUGCAUAUACCCAUUUAGCUUAGAAGCUGCAUAUCACAGCUGUCCAAAGGUUUAUGGUCACUUUGUAAGAAGUGCCUUUAUGGAGGGUUUUCUUAGUUCCUACCGUUUUAUGAUUUCAGUUGUUUUGAAUAAAACUGUCAUUGCCUAUCAAAGUCAAGGAGCUGAUUUGCUUUCUUCCUGUAAUCUCUGGCAAUAAGUGAGUGUGUGUUGUGUAUGGAACAGGGAGAGGUGCAUGCAGGUACUUUUUUGCGCCUACUCACAGUAAUACCGUAUAUAUUGGUUUGAAGCCUAUAAAGUGUGAAGGAGAAGCCUGAGUUACUAUUUGGCACAAAAUAGGAUUUUUUUUCUUUUUUUAAAUCUCACACAGAUUGCUAAAAGC